AUGUCCGUCAAGUUCGAGAAAGAAACCAUCCGCAGCAAUGUACCUGUCUCUGCUUCAGGUGCGGCACGCGGCGGCGAGAAAGGCGACCUGGUUCACGAGGUCGGAGCAGCCCUGACUAAGGCUGGCGGACCUAAAGGCUAUCUUGCUGCAUACCUCCAGCAACUCGGAUCGCACCCGCUGCGCACGAAAAUGUUGACGUCCGGGACGCUGUCAUCCCUUCAGGAAAUCCUGGCAUCAUGGAUCGCUCACGAUAAGAACAAAAAUGGACAUUACUUCACUUCCCGGGUGCCCAAGAUGGGCAUAUAUGGUGCAUUCGUCGCGGCGCCAACCGGACAUGUGCUGUUCUGGCUGCUGCAGAAGAUCUUUGCUGGAAGGACGAGCGUGAAAGCGAAGGUCCUGCAAAUCCUCGUGAGCAAUUUGAUCGUCUCCCCGAUUCAAAACACCGUCUAUCUCGCAUCCAUGGCCAUCAUUGCGGGAGCCCAGACCUUCCAUCAAGUGCGAGCCACGGUCCGCGCUGGGUUCAUGCCAGUCAUGAAGGUCAGCUGGAUCACCUCCCCCAUCUGCCUGGCCUUUGCGCAGCAGUUCCUCCCCGAGCAAACCUGGGUGAUAUUCUUCAAUCUCGUCGGUUUCGUCAUCGGCACCUACGUCAACGCGCACACCAAGAAGAAGAGACUCGCAGCGCUUCGCAAGAAGCACUAUGGCGGCGAUGGACGGAGC